AUGAAGCCUGAAGGUAUUCCUGGAAUUGACGGUGAUAAGGAAAAGGAUGAAGGUCGUGUAAAAUCACUUAAGGUAAAUAAAGAAGAAGAUGACAAGAUGCGAACAACAGCUGCAAAUGUUGCUGCCCGAGCUGCUGUUGGAGGAGAUGACAUGUUGUCGAAAUGGCAACUAAUGGCCGAGCAGGCCCGGCAGAAACGUGAAGGAGGAGUUGAUGCGGCAUCUGGUUCUCAGCCAGGUAACGAUGUGAGCCACAAGCCAGCCUUAACCCCUGAACAGAAUGCUAAGGAUAAUCAAGAAGCAGAAAAAAGAAGCCACUCAGCUGCUCCCACACCUGGUAGGUUUGAUUUCAAUUAG